GUCCAAAACAGUUUACACACUGAGAAUAUGAAUAAGAUUCUGUCACAUGUGAAUACUGAGAUAAGAUUGUGACCUCCAUUGCCUUUUGGAUUUUAUAACUAACACUUUGGGUGUUAACUUGAAGAUACACACAGUGAACUAAUGAAGACACUUGUUAUCUUUCAUGCUCUAUGCAUUUUGCUGAUUCUAGGUUACUGUGAUGUAACUCAAGCCCAGAUCAAUGAGGAUACCGUUGACCACUAUGCAACAGCAAAGGCAAGUGAGAACAAAGGUAUAGACUUUGAUGAAAACACGUUGUUCAGUCCAUUCACGAAACAAGAGUGGAGAUCAUACCAAGAGAAAAAGAUCAACGAGGGUCGCAAAACGCUGUUAAAUUUCACAAUAACUUACAAGAACAAAACAGCAGUUAAAGAUGCUAAUCUUUAUAUGAAACAGCUCACCUCAGAUUUUCAUUGGGGUUGUGGAAUGACCCAUCGAAUUCUCAACAAUACUGCUUACAAGAAAUGGUUUGCCUCAAAAUUCACAGCUGCCGAUUUCCACAACGAGCUAAAAUGGUACUACACUGAGCCAAAACAAGGUGAGGAAAACUACACUGAUCCAGAUGCCAUGAUUAAGUUUGCUGACGAGCACGGGAUAAUAGUCAGAGGCCACACCAUCUUAUGGGAUGAUGUCAAGUACCAGCAAAAAUGGGUCAGAAAACUUUCACCAGACAAACUAUUAGAAGCAGCAAACAAACGAGUUGACUCGGUUGUCAAAAGAUACAAGGGAAGGUUAAUUGGCUGGGAUGUUAUGAAUGAGAACUUGCACCAUAACUUCUUUGAGAAAAGACUCGGUAAGAAUUCAUCAGCAUAUUUUUAUAACCGUGUCUAUAACAUUGAUCCAAGCACGACAUUAUAUAUGAAUGAAUUUAAUACCACUGAACAAGUAGACGACAAGUGGGCAUCUCCUGAAAAGUACUUGAGAAAGCUUAAGGCGAUUCAGGCUUAUCCAGGUAACAGUGGCAUGAAAAUGGGCAUCGGGCUCGAAUGUCAUUAUGGCGCUGAGCCGAUUGACCUUCAUUACGUCAGAAAUUCAUUGUUGUCAUUAAGCCAAACAGGUUUACCGAUAUGGCUAACCGAGUUGGAUGUUAAAAUGGAUCCAACACUCCCAAAUAAAACUCAACUGCAGGUCAUUUACUUGGAAGAGAUCCUACGAGAAUCAUUCUCUCAUGCAGCUGUCAAGGCAAUUGUCAUAUGGACAGGCUCGUCAAUAGAUGGUUGUGAUGUGAUGUGCAUGACCAAUGAAAAAUUAGAGAACACACCAGUUGGGGAUCUGAUCGAUAAGCUAAUGGUAGAAUGGAGGACCGGGAGCAUAAAAGUUGUAUCAGAUAGUAAUGGAAGCUCACAAGUUUCAGUAUUUAAUGGUCAAUAUGAAGUUACCGUGGUAGACCCGGUUACAAAUGCUUCUACUUCUGUCAGUUUUAAAGUAGACAAAGUUAGCAUACCUGACAAAGUCAUCCAUCUUCAAAUCCCUGGUUAAGUCACGUGGUGAUUAUCUACCCAUGGACUACCUUCAACAACAAUCAUAAUCAAUUUGAUACUUGCAUUUAAAUUUAAAGCAUUGUAUUAUUUUGAUAUAUAGUUAAAGACAACAGUAAAAUGAAGAAUGUAGAAGCUAGCUAAUUCCUUUAGCGUUAAA